AAUGCUGCCGCUCCUGGAGAGCCCCGCGGGGUCCGGGACGGCCAGGGGGGCACCGCCCGCUGCCCUGCCGCGGGGCCCGCACGGGGUUAACCGCACCUUCUUCCCUUUCUUCUCGGAGUUCAAGGGGGACCAGCGACUGGCCCUGAGCGUCGUGGAGACGGCCGCGCUGGCCCUGAUCUUCACGGCGUCCCUGGUGGGCAAUGUGUGCGCUAUCCAGCUGCUGGCGCGCCAGCGGCGCCGGGGCACCACCGCCUGCCUGGUGCUCAACCUCUUCGGCGCCGACCUGCUCUUCAUCACGGCCAUCCCGCCGGUGCUGGCCGUGCGCUGGACCCAGGAGUGGCUGCUGGGCGACCUCGCCUGCCACCUGCUCGUCUACGUGAUGAGCCUGAGCGGCAGCGUCACCAUCCUGUCUCUGGCCGCCGUGAGCCUGGAGCGCCUGGUGCGCAUCGUGCGCAUGCAGCACAGCGCGCAGGGCCCGGGGCCCCGCGUCCGCGCCGCGCUGCUGGCCUUCAUCUGGCUCUACGCGGCCCUGUCCUCGCUGCCGCUCGGCAUCUUCUUCAGCGUGCGCCGCCAGCCGCUCGGCGGCCGCAGCCAGGAAGUUCAGAUUUGUACAUUGGUCUGGCCCAGCAUCCAAGGAGAAAUCUGUUGGGAUGUGUUGUUUGCGAUUUUGAACUUCUUUGUGCCGGGAUUGGUUAUUGUGAUAAGUUACUCCAAAAUCUUACAGAUUACAAAAGCUUCCAGAAAAAGGUUGAACGUCAACCUGGCCUAUUCGGAAGACCGCCACAUCCGGGUCUCCCAACAAGAUUACAAACUGUUCCGGACUCUCCUUGUGCUCAUGGUCUCAUUUUUCAUCAUGUGGAGCCCCAUCAUCAUCACUGUUUUCUUGAUCUUGAUCCAGAACUUCCAGCAGGACCUGGUGAUAUGGCCAUCCCUGUUCUUCUGGAUCGUAGUGUUUACAUUUGCCAACUCGGCGGUCAACCCCAUUCUGUACAGCGCCUCCCACUUUCAGAAGGAAUGGUGGAGGGUCCUUUUCUCCUGCUCCGUGCUGCCUGAGAAGAACAACAUGGCUACGGACACUUCAGUGAGAAGAAAUGACUUGUCUGUGGUUACAGGCUGAUGACUUCACUGGUUGUGGGUUUUUUCACCCAUGUGCAUAUUGAGGGACUGUACACAGUUUAUACCAGCAUGGUUUAGUUUGGGGGCUGAGAGUGCAUUAGGUAAGGUUUUCCAUGUGGUGGUCGCGCCCCUCAGUACAGAUAUGCCCUCCUUUAAGACAUUUUGCUAUACGAAAGUUGAUUUUUUUUUUUUUUAA